AUGGUCGAACUACGAAAGCGCAAAGCGCCAGCACAAGCCCCUGCGGCAGAGCGCAAGGCCAAAAAAGUUCAGGAAUCCACGGUAUCUCGAAAGCCGGAUGUCCCCAAGGCCAUCUCCGACGACAAGGCUCCAAAAGUUGGCGACAAACUAGACUUGGACAACUUCGGUGGUGAUAUUGAGACUGACGAAGGGCAAAAAACCACGCUGAAAGAUCUCGUCGAUGCUAGUGAAGCUGGUGUCGUGCUGUUCACGUACCCUAGAGCUUCAACCCCAGGCUGUACCAAACAAGCCUGUUUGUUCCGUGACAACUAUGACUCUAUCACGGAAAGUGGUUUAUCCAUUUACGGCCUUUCAGCGGACUCACCAAAGGCAAAUACUACGUUCAAGACUAAACAAAGGUUGCCAUACCCUCUUCUCUGCAAUCCCACCGCUACAUUGAUAGCAGCUCUUGGACUUAAAAAGUCGCCAAAAGGCACAAUUCGAGGAAUCUUUGCUGUUGAUAAAGAGGGCAAAGUUUUGAUACUACAGCCCGGGGGCCCCGAUGCAACGCUUGAUGCUGCACGUAAUCUAGCUGCAGAAUUGAAGAAACCGAGCUCCGGAGACGAAACCCGCCACGCGAGUCCACCAGCUAAGGAUGACUAG